UGGCCUUGUUCGGCUGCUCAUGCAUGUGCAGUACGUGCUAUACUGAUCCGACAUUGUCGGCGUGUUGUGUCAUCGCAGUUGACAUUCCACCAACAGGUGGACUGAGGCGUGCAAGUUGUACAUACAUCAACUUGUGGUUGUGGACAACUCCUGUCACAUGAAUGUAUUGACAUUCUAGAUCUAUACAGCCAAGGUGGAGGAACAACGUUAUUGGCAGAUGUACGCUGCUUGCUCGCAGGUUGCUAAUUGUAAGAUGAUGAAGGAGCCGGACGUCCCUGAGGAGGUAGAUGGAGCUCGCUAAAUGCAGACACUUUGGAAGCGGGUUUGCAGUACCGAUAUUAGACUCAUGGAGGAAACGUCUGACUGCAGUAGACCAGAAGAGAGGAUGGAGGGACGACGAGAGAGCAAGGGGGACGUGGAUUACCUGGACCCCAGCGCUGUUGGGACAUACAGGAAACACAGUAGUGGGGACCUCCACAGUCGAUUAAAAACCCGCAAACUCCUCGGUGUUGGCGAAACAGAUGAUGGCGAUGUUCACAGGUCAAAGUUAAGUCAGAUCCUGGGUCACAGUGACCAGCUGUAUAUCCGCCUGCCCCAAGGUCUGCGAGUAUGGCAGUGUCUACUGGCUGCCAUGUUCACCAUCAUCGCCCUCUGGGCCUUGGUGUUUCCUGCUCAUCUGUUUGACAUCUCCUUCGAGACAGAGGAGGGCAAAUACCUGACACUUCCAGUCCGCCUCUACGGCGCUGCAUUGCUCAGUCUGUCCUGCUUGCACUGGAACACCCUCCAGUCUCAGGACCGAGAUGUCAUCAGAGGCUCUCUGCUGUCCAGUGUUAUCUACUUCUCUCUACAAACCCUCGUUACAGGCCUUCAUCUGCUGUGGACGGGGAGUCUGUCUCGCAAUGCAUCUAUCCUACUGGGCUGCCGGGCCAUGUUUGCACUCAUCACCUACCUGUUCUAUCACCUGGUGGGCUGUAAGAAUGUCUCCAUCCGACGCACCAACUCUACCAGCAAGGAGCUGCACAACCAGAAAGAGCACUAAACAAGGGCAUGUAACUCUAUGUACCGACGCACUGUCACAAAUCUUCUUGGGGAAAGUUCUCGGUGUACUUCCUUGUCUUGAUAUCAUCUUGUGUAGUCACUAGGAUAGUUCCCUUGUUUUGCUGGUAUGGGUAGUCACCAGGAAACUGUUUUCUCAAUGAUAAGAUCUCCCUGGCUUCCUUCCUCAAAGCAAUCUUGGCAUCAUGUGUAUUAUUGGUUUCAUUACAGGAGUUAUUAUAGGUGUUACAACUUGGCUAUGAUAGAUUUGUGGAAGGGAGCCAGAUCAAUGACGAGGUGGGAUCAUUUUGUGACAAGGUCAGGUCAUUAGAGGACAAGGUCGUGUUGCCAGUAAGCAAAGGCUAAGUCAUUUUGAGACACGAUCAGGGUUAAUAGUGAUGAGGCCAAGGUCACAACAAUGUUAGGUUACAGAGGGUCAAGGUCAAAUGACAAGGGUCCAUAAAAUGUCAAGGUCACAUGAUGAUGAUGUCAGGAUGGAAACUAAAUUGAGGGAGAUGACACUAUAAUAUGGGCAUUAAGGUUAACUGUUUAAACCCAUUGCCAGAAAUUUGUAUUGUUUGCCUCAGAAACAUAGCAUCCCAUUGAUUGUAUAUUAUUUAUUCAAUCAGUCUUUGCUAUAGGAAUAAAUAUGACAGGUGCAAGACUAGAACUUCAAGAUGUCUGUUUGUUGUUAUUACAAAAAGUGAUAUAAUUAGCCUUCCAUUUUGUGAACAUAUGUAGCUUUAUACAAAUUGGCUUUCUCAAAUGAGCUUCCUCUCAAACUAGCUAAAGAGAAUGAGUUCUUCUCAUCAACACAAUCCUAUUACCAGCAAACUUUGUACCACUCUAUAAUUCUUCAUCAAGUUUUUUUCAGUGUUGUGUGCAUUUUUUUCCAUUAUAUAAUAUGACAAAAAAUAAAUACUUUUCAAUAGAUAAAAUAUCCUUUGCAAUUCUAACCUUGCACUUGUUUUGAAAGACAAAACAGCUAGUGUUUGUGUUAAGUCUAUCAUUUACUGGUAACCGUUCUUAUAUUUGAGCAAGAACAUUCUAGAUCUGAGGUACAGUACCUGUUUAGAAUGUCCGCAGUAUGUUCAUUAUUUGGUUUGAAUUACACAGUAGAGGCGUGAAACCUGCUUAGCUGAGGUACGCUUACAUUCAUGUGUUGCUGUUUAUCGUCACAGUUAAUGCUUCAUCUUGUCACAGGUAACACUUUGUGUCGUCACAGGUAACACGUCAUGUCAUCACAGUGCUUCAUCUUGCAGCAUACUUGUCCCACUGCCUGACAUUUUGAAAACAUUCUCAUAAAUGCUUCUGCAUUGGCGACUGAUUGUUUCCUCAGUAACAUCAAUGAUUGAACAGUCCUCCAGGAACAUCUGUGACUGAAAUCUCCUAGAGUAACAUCACGCUCCUUGAGGAAUGUCUGUGACUGAACUCGUCUUGAAGAAUUUCUUUGAUAGAACUCUUCUUGUGGAACAUCAGUGGUUGAACAAAUCUUCAUUAAUGUCUUUGAUUGAAUGUUCCUUGAGUUACAGAACUCUUAUCAAGGAACAUCACGCUCCUUGUGGAAUGUCUGUGACUGAACUCCCUCGAGGCACAUCACUGACUGAACAUUCUUCGAAGAACAUGUUUGACUUGACACACUGCAAGUAACAUCAGUGAUUGAACACUUCUUGUGGAACAUCAGUGAUUGAACACUUCUUGUGGAACAUCAGUGAUUGAACACUUCUUGUGGAACAUCAGUGAUUGAACACUUCUUGUGGAACAUCAGUGAUUGACCGCUCUUCACUAUGUGUGGCUGAUUUACAUGUCGCCAUGUCCAUAAGACUCAUAGCCACUCCAGUAUAUCUUGUGACAACUACUCUUGCAUGUCUAAUGACCAAUGGUAUUGCAUGUCUAAUGACCAAUGGUAUUGCAUGUCUAAUGACCAAUGGUAUUGCAUGUCAAGGCUGGAUUUUCCGGCCAUCACCAUGGACUUGUAUACCAGCUGUCUGAGUGACAAACCUGGAUCUGUGUUCAGCACAGAAGCCAGACACUGGACAUUACUAGAAAGACACUGGACAUUACUAGAAAGACACUGCUGCUGGUCAGCUUCCCAGGAAGUUUGAACCUCCUGAUUGACCCCAUUGAAGUGAACCUGUAGAAGAGGGAGGGUUAGGUUCCGACCUACCCUGUCCACGCAUGUCAUGAUAGACUCUACCAGUUAUGUGGGAAUGUUCUCUGCCUUACACGUGGCAAGAUCUACUGGCAUGGAACAAGAACAUGUGGACUUCCUGAGUUGAUUCACCAGUAGCUGAUGGGCUCUGACUGACACAUGGCAAGAUCUACUGCUAUGGAAUGAGAACCUGUGGACUUCCUGAGUUAUUCAGUAGUAGCAGACAAUUUAAGCAAGCUGCCCAUCAUAUGAUUAGCAGCAAGUCCAUGACAUCCAACAAAUUCAGUCUACAUCUUGAAGUGCAAGGUUAACUAAACCUGAGAUCAUAUGGAUGAACCACAGUUAGUGAUAGUGUCUGAUGGAUUGAUGACAAAAACAUGUACAAGUUGUCUCUGCAUGAAAUUGUUCUUGCUAAGACAGUGACGUAAUGGUCAUGGCUCUGGGCAUGAUUAUUACAAACAUAUAAGCUCUUUCUUCCAUCAGAGACUAUUUCUUAUCUGAUUACGUCUUCUGUAUGCCCCCCUCACAAGCUAAUCAUAAUAGUGUUACGUCUCUGGCAUUGUGCUCAGUCCAUGCAAGGAGUACACUGAAUACUCAACUGACAACAAUGGAGACUGGACGCUCCCAAUGCUGGCCUAUAAAUCACAAUAAAUCUGAACGUUGGCUCUAGGUUUUGUUCAUUGAGUGUGCCAUGCUUCUUCAGAUAUCACCAAUAUAAUGCAUUCCAUACACAUGGUGUCACAAAAUCACUGGUAUUUUAAUUGCUAAUGGUAUUGUUAGUGGUCCAAGUUUGUAUCAUUAUAACACAUCAGACGGUGUAGUAUUUCUGUUCCCAAGUAGAAAACAAGACCUUUUCGUAGACUGACAAUCUCAACCACUGUACAUUGUGAAAACUUUUUGUAUCCCAGCUGUCAUCACUGUCAGCAAUGACACAAUGUCCUUUCCCAAGAACACUGCAGAAUCUCAGCAAACUGAAUCCCAUACUGUAUAGGUUGUGACAGUGCAGUGUCUGUGUUGAAGGUGGUAGUUGAUGGCCAGCACUUCCUGGGUCUGUGCACACCGUGUUCCUCCACACAAAUAAGGAUGCUUUGUUGUGAAGUAAGAAACUCACUGUGUUCUAGUCAGGAAAUAAAACAGGUCCAUGUAUGAGAAGUCAAAUGAGACACAUGCAUGAAUGUUGUGCAAACUUUUUGCCUGAAAUUGAAGCACUGUGUAGCAAUGUAGAUGUAAUCUGAAUGCUCAUUGGUCUGAGCCUUGGUAGGAACCAUGUCAAAAUUCAUUCGUUAAAAAUGUACAAGUGUACCACACAGGUGCCUUGUGUUCAUGCUUGCUGCAGGAACAUGGUGUAUACAAACCAAGGAGGUAUUGAAGGAGGUCUCAAUCCAGUGUGCCACCUUGCGCUUCACUAUAUAGAUCCGCUUCUCAUAUCUCCAUAAACUGGUUGUCAGUGAUUCCUGUAUUUCCAUAAGUUUAUAUGUGCCUGCAGAUACACCCUUGUAAUACCACCAUGACUUGUCAUCUACCUCAUUAUGUCUCUGUACCAUGCCCACACUAGUUAUCUCCCCUCAAAUACCAGGUUGUAGCAGCUGGCUUGUCAAUACAUGCUUUAUACGGAAUUAAUACUUUUUGGAAAAUGAUGUCUUCAAAUUUGGUCAGAUUUCAGUUUUGAGAUUGAAUAUUUUGAGACUGACUGUGUUAUGACUAAAUGGUUCUUAAUUGAGAGAAAUCAGACUGGUGGUAUGUGCUUGUUCCCCAAAAUCAGUCCACAUAUAGCAACAUCUUACACAUAAUUUUUUGACAAUUAUUAAAAUAUACAGACAGGAAAUAUGAUUGAAUCAUUUGUAAAAGUGUGAUGCCUGACUAUGAAUAUAAGAAAAUUUCAAUUGAUUGUUUAGUUUGUUAAUUACCUAUGGAAGCAGUAUCACCAUCAUCUCUUGCUCUGGACGUUAUCUAGAUAGGAAUGUAUCGUCGUCCACCAUGAUUCACACAUGGCCUGGGAAGAUCCCCACCCACCCAGUGUGGACCGCAGCCCACUAAGGAUCAUCCUUUCAACAUAAUGCAGCUGUCUCACCUCAUGCACCAAGUCAGCCGUCUUGUACUCAGUGUACACGUUUGUUUGUUCGUUAUAGAAGACACAAUAUACCGUGGAAAUGUUAAAAUAUCCAGAUCUGUAUCACCGUCACAAGCACCUGUCAGCUCAGUCAGGGAAGUAUGAUGGUCUGUCUGUGCUGGAGGGGCCCUGCUGUAAGUUAAUGGGAUCACUAUAUGAGAUGCAGCAAAGCCUCCAGAUUUCAUUAAGGUGUUCUUCAUUUAGUCAGUAUUAAAUUUAAUAUGAUGAAAUCUAAUAUCAUAGUAUCAUUUUGGGACCACCACUUGAUACAUUGAAACCUGAUAGCCCAGACACCCCACAUUCCUGAUGAUCUUGAUGGAUCAUGGAAAAGUCUGGAUUAGAGUUCCUGCAUGAAGCACAUUUCUGGUGUCCCCUGCUGUGACAUUGCUGGAAUACUGCUGACAGCGGUGUAAAAUUAAACUACCUGCUCCUCGGACAUCAAGUAGGAAGUAAAUACAUCUGGACAAGGAACGUCCAUGGUGGGCCUUGUAUCUGAGUGUGGAGCAUCAAAUAACAAUUUGGAGAUAGUCGUACCACCCAGUGGAUCAUGUCACAUGAUACAGGUAGUACUAAACAUAUGUCUCUGUUAUCCUAAAUUUUGUAUUUUAGUGUUUUUUUCUCUAGAUUAUAAUACCUUACAAAGUGGUAGUAAUCACCUGAGCUUACAUUGAAUUUUUGUUUGACUCCAGCAUUAGACAAGUGGGGACUGUUGCGACAUUAUUGCCAUAGUUACCAUGGUAACGAUUGAUCAAGAACAUAGGAGCAGGAUGGACAGAUUCUUUCUAAGUUGUAGUGACUACUUGUCUUGUUGCAUUGGUGAUUGUCAGUCAUUGUCAAAAUGUUGCUGAUAGCAACAGAUGUUUCAUGUCAUACCUGACUACGUAGCCAUGGCAACAGUGUCAUUUUGACAUGUGGCCAUGGUAACAGUGUCAUCCUUCAUCAAUGUUGAGUGUUGUAAAACUGUUCAAACAUAUCAAACUCCACAAGCCAUUGCAAACAGCCAAUAUUUCAUCUUUUAAAUUGGUCUUUUAGAAAUUUAGAGACUGAUCCUUAAAGUUAUCUUUUUUAUGAAAUGUUCAAUUUUUAUCGAAUUUUGUAAAAUAAUUUUUCUUAUAAAUUUCCAGAUGAGACAGUAGUGAGAGUAGUAGGAGGAAGUACAGUUUGUAUGGUCUAGUGUAGAAUAAUUUUGCUUGUUGAUGGAGUCGGUGAAAGUGGUUGCUGCAACUCCAUCGUAGCCCUGUAGCAGUUAUGUCUUACAGUAGUCAUCUCACACCAACACACCAUGUUCAGAGCAUUGAUGUAUAUUUUGUGAAUAAAAUGUGAAUCUUUAA